CUUUUAUUGCUCUCAUGGCGUCAUAUCAUCGGGCGGCAGCAAUCGAGAAUUCGAUCUUGAUCUCUAUGCAGGCAAUCCAUGCACGGGCUCGGGAUUCAGACGCAUAAGGUCCUGCAGCAAGCUUUCAACAGCAACCAUUGAAAAGUGUCGUCUCGCUUUGGCAAAUAUAAAAAGGCUUCAAGCUGCAAAUCCUUGAAAUUUCAUCUCUAAAUUCAAAUACACCUCUACACUCCAUUUUACAAUGAAACUCUCUAAGGUGGUGCUCACGUUGACGGCUACCUGGAUGGUGGCCGCACAUUCCGCCGCGUCCCUGCAUCUGACGAGAGCCGACCGCAUCGCUGUCAGCUCCAAGAUCUUUGAAAGAUGGGACCGGAAUGAUAUUAACGAGUUUUUAGAUGAUCACAAUGUUCCCUACAACACCGCGUCUAGUGACGAGGAAUUAAAAUCCUUGGCUCUCUGGCAAUACGAGAAGAUGGCUGCGGACUAUGCCAGAAAAAUAGCCAAGACGAUCCCCGACCUCGAAAAGCAGAGUCUUUUUGCCAAGCUCAAACAGCACGUACUUAACGUGAAGGAAGAUGCCAGUGCCAUUGCCGACCACUUUGGCAGUAACUGGGACUACUUUUUCCAUGAAGCAGAGAAGGCGACCCAGAAUGCAAAGGACUCCAUCGACUCUGUUAAGGCCAAAGGGGAGCAAGCGACCGACCGCGUCAAGGACUCCGCCAAUGCCGCUAAAGCCAGUGUUAUUAAAAAGGCCAACGAUGUCCAAUCUGACGCUGCUAAGAAGGUCGAUGAUGUUACUAACCAGGUAGCAGCUAGCAAGAAAAAAGCAAAGGACUCCUACGAAUCCAUCACGUCGUGGGUCUUUGACACCUGGUCCACGGCCACCUUAAAGUCGUACUUAAAGGCAAACGAUAUCAAGUUCAAGGCGGACGAAACCAAGAAGCAGUUGGUGAUCCGGGCGAAGAAGAACUACAGGACCAUUGCGGACGCUAACAAGGCGACCGGCUGGUACCCAGGAAACUGGUUGUACAAGGCGUGGACCGAGGAGGAUUUGGCAGCCUGGUUGAAGAAGUUUGGUAUUCCCUUUGCCUCCGGUUCAUCGAAAAACGAAUUGGUCUCCAAGGUCAAAAACAACAUCUACUUGGCCACCCGCGACAAGAAGGACUCAUACUCCUCGUUCUUAGAUGACUUGGAAUUAAGUGACGCUGACAUCUUUGACAGGGCUGGCAAGGUGAAGCGGCUGUUCAUUGAAACCUGGUCGGAGUCGCAGUUGCGUGAAUGGUUGGCGGACCACGAGGUUGAUGAUCUUGGUGAAAAGGCUUUGGAAACCAAGGAGCAGUUGGUGGCUUAUGUUGAGGAACACUCCAGCGACUUGGUCUUUGAUAUCCAGUCAUGGUUAGCGAGCGCUUCCAAGACCGCUAGUCCGUGGUUGAGCAAGGCCUCCAAGAAAUCCAACCUUGUCAACCACACCUUCUUGGUGGACGUGGAUAAAUGGCCAAAAGACAGGUUAAAGGCGUUCUUGAAGGCCCGUGGGGUGUCGAUUCCAUUGUUUGCCACCAAGCUUGAACUUGUCUACUUGGUCAAGAAGAAUGCGAACACUUUGUUGGGGCCUAAUGUACAGAAUCUCGGAGACAUUUUCUUCCAGGGCUGGGAAACUGACAAGAUUAAAGAUUGGUUGACCGAGCACAAGUUGGCCAUUGACGGCAACCGUGAGGUUUUGCUCGAACGCGCUCGCCAGUGGUACGCAGAUUUGAAGGGCAAUGCCGAUGAAUUGGCCAACGAGCAAUUCCAUAAGGGAACCAAGGCUGCCCAGGCUGCCGGUGCCAGUGCGUAUUCCGCUGCGGAAGAGUGGGCCGAUGCCGUCGAAACCCAUGCUGCAAAGGGCAAGGAGUAUGUUGGCAUUGCUGCCGAAAGCGUCAAGAAGCACGUUGAAAAGGGGGCCAAAGCUGCGAGCCAGGCGGCUGAGGAUGCCUUGAGCGAGGCGUCGGAGUUGGCGGACGCUGCCAAGCCGCAUAUUUCCACCGGUCUAGAGAAAGGUGCCAGUGCUGUUAGUAAGGCUGCCCAGGACGCCUUGAGCGGGGCGUCAGAAUUGGCGGACGCUGCCAAACCGCAUAUUUCCACCGGGUUGGAAAAAGGUGCCGAGUACGCGAGUAAGGCUGCCGAUGAAGCGGUCAAGCAGGCCGCCAACGCUGCCGAAGCUGCCAAGCCCCAUAUCGAAAAAGGUGCGCAGUAUGCGAAAGAGGCUGGGGCUGAAGCUCUAAACCACGCUGCCAACGCUGCCAACGAUGCUAAGGAUUUUGUAGCGGCAAAGGCAGCGGAGGAAUUAAAUGCCAAAACGCUCGGAAAGCGCUACGAAGAUAUCAAGAGUGGGACCUCCAAAUGGUGGUCUGAUCUAGCCAAGGCUGGCUCCGAUCACUUUGACAGCUGGAGCGACGGUGACUUGAUCAGCUAUUUGAAGAGCUUCGGCUACUCCAAGCGGAGCACCGCGCAGCACUCGCGUGAGGAUUUGCUCAGGUUGGUCAAGGAGAACGCUGGCUACUUCUUUGGUACCACCCACAACAGCAAGGACGGUACUCCGGGCAGAUUCGGCGGGCAUUCCAACGUUGUCGGCAUCACCCUUACCGGCAAGCUUCUUGUGUGGUACAAACAGCAGGUGUACGCUUGGAAGAGCUAUUUGGUUCCAUAUUGGCCAUUCAGUGAGUUCUUGUAAUCCAUGCUGUAUCCUUUCGCUAUUGAUAUACGUAAAUGCUUAUUAUUUGAGAUGCUAUGUAGGGUGGAGGAAAGUCACAGAAACAGCUAUAUAAUUUGAAUAAGGCGCUAAGAACCGAGGGAUACAUUCAAUGACCUGAAUCUUCGAUUGAUGUAGUGUCAUUAACCGUACCGUGGAGCUAUAUAUAUGGUAUUCUUAUAUCAGGUGCAAAUAUUUCAAAGGC